CUUGAACAAUAUUCUAAUUUAAUCUCAGCCAAGCCGGGCCAUUUUGACCACUGUAAUGUGGCUCUCUUUGGGAUACGAUUAACAAAAUCAGUCGCUCCCCCCACCCAUCGUUAUAACCUUCUCUCAUCACCACAUUAAAGGAAUAUGCUUGUCUCUAAGCAGAACAGAAAGGUCAUUUACGAGGCUAUUUUCAAGGAUGGUGCCCUUGUUGCCCCUAAGGAUUUCAACCUUCCCAAGCACCCUGAUCUCGAAGUUCCUAACCUUGAAGUCAUCAAGAUUAUGCAAUCUUUGACUUCUAAGGGCUUCGUCAAGACCCAAUUCUCCUGGCAAUGGUUUUACUAUACUCUCACUGAUGAGGGUAUUGAUUAUCUCCGUGAAUAUCUUCACUUGCCUCAAGAAAUUGUUCCUGCUACCUUGAAGAAGACCGUUCGUCCUGCUGCCCCUCGUCGUAACUUCGGUGGUGACCGUGAAAACCGUGGUCCUCGUAAUGAUCGUGGUGACUACAGACGUAAGGAAGGUGCUAGCGGUGACUUCAAGCCUGAGUUCCGUGGUGGUCUCGGUCGUGGUAACCGUGAAUAAAUAUUUUGAUAUUCUUUUAUCUCGCCCUCUCUUCCCCUCUUUUUUUUUAAUUACACAUUUGCACUUAUAAAUGUAUUUUAUUAUAAAAAUAUAUACAUUAUUUCCAGAAAAUUGUGGGACAGAGUAAAAUCAAAGAAUCAGACAAAAAAAAAAGUCAUUUAUAAGCUUGAAGUACAUUCAGUAGCAGAUGUAUGAAAAUAUCAAGAAAUUAUAUACGCUUAUUUUUCCUUGAGUACAUCUAGUAUUAAACUUUGACAAAGAUACAUUAUUUAAUAUGGAAGACAUGUUUUAUUGAUAUUAAUAUGAGUUAGAAGAAGUAGAUUGUCUUUUUUUUGUUUUAUUCUGUUCUUUAAAGCAGCUUAUUGAUUAAAAGUGUCAUUAUUUUAAC